AUGGACAUCGCGACGCGGCAGUGGUCCAAGGACGUUCUUAAAGCCGUGGAAGAUUGCUGGGCGCCAUCGUCGACGCUCGAGCGACUGUUCGGGCCGGCGCCAACCGCGUCGCACAUGUCGCUCGGUCCCAUUGCGCCGUACUUUGUCGAGCGCUUUGGCUUUGCCGAGACAUGCCGCGUGAUUCCGUUCUCGGGGGACAAUCCGUGCACGCUCGCAGGCAUGGGUUUGGCCUCGGUCGGGGAUGUGGGCAUUUCUCUCGGUACGUCCGGCUGCAUGUUUGUCGUCGCCGCGCCAGAAGCGAUCCGCCCGUCCGGCGAGGAAGGUCACGUCUUAACCAACCCCGUCGACCCCAACACGCUGAUGGGUAUGCUUUGCUUCAAGAACGGGUCCUUGGCCCGCGAGAACGUUCGCGAUCGACGCGCCGACGGGUCCUGGGCCGAGUUCUCAAGACUCAUGGACGCGACACCGCCAGGCAACAACGGUGUCAUGGGCUUCUUCUACCUCCAGCCCGAGAUCACGCCCGUGGUUCCCACCGAGUCGGCAGCACCGACCCUUAGCGACAUCCAUGGGUAUAUGGCGGACGGAAGCACCUUGGACCUAUUGCACGCACCCCCCGCCGUUGAAAUCCGCGCCAUGGUCGAGUGGCAGUGCCUUGCCAUAGCGUGCCACCUGCAAAAGCUGUACCACGGCCCGAUCGCGCGCCUCAUCCUGGCAGGCGGUGCGUCCGUGAACCGAUCGCUCGUCGAGACGCUUGCCAAUGUCUUCAACGCACCCGUGUACAUUGAAGACAACAAGGUCAACACCGCGGCGCUUGGCGGCGCACUGCGUGCGCAGCACGGUGUCGCGUGCGGCGACGCCGGCAUGUACCGUCCGUUUGACCCGAAAGUCGGCCUCGAACUUCGCGCGACACCAGCGCCAGAGACGCGCCACGUGUACGAGCACAUGAUUCGUCGGUUCCCGAGCUUGGAAGCGUCGGCGAUUGCGGCCCAGCGACAACGCCAUGGCCCGUGA